UUGGGGACAAAAUAAAUUAUACGAUGAAAAAUAUGGGUAUAUUAUCCACCUCAUACUGUGAUAAGUAUGAGUAGGAAGUAAACCACUCACGUUUUGCCACUAUGGCCUAUGACUCACACCUCUCAAUCUUACUCACCAAAAUAAAACUCCUUUCCCUAAGUUAUAUAAUCUGUAAGAGUACUUCCUCUACUCUUUCCUUCAUACCAUUAUCACCUUCUUCAUAGCUUCUCAAAGAAACACAAAGCUGAGAUCAAACUGCACCUUUAUUUCUUCAUAAAGUGGAACAAAAGUCUGAAAUUUUACCAAUCUUCAUCUUCUCAAAUUAAUGGUGUAAGUAAAUCUAAGUAAAAGCUAUUGUAGAAGAAGGAUGACACAUCUAAUUAUCACCAUCUCUAUCUCUUUUGUGUAGGAGUUAGCUCUGUGGUGGAAAGAAUGCCUACAUGUAUUAUGUGUUACGGGCGAGGCGAUGACUUCUUUUGGAAAUACAUUUUGUAAAUUAGUUAUUAGUAAAUUAAAUAGUAAUAAUUUCAUAAUAUUUUGUAAAUAGUAUUUACUUAGUUAGGUAAAAAGUUUUAAAUAAGUCUGAUAUUAGUUUGCUGUGAUCAUCGAAUCACAGGUCGGAUUCAAUCCAGACCACUAUAAGUCUUCCGCUGUGUUGUGGACAGUAUUAUUAUACUGUUUACGUUAGUCUGGGCUGUUUCAAUGGCAUAGAGAGAGUGACCUACAAUGCUAUGAGCAUAAUAGAUUUUGACCCAAAUGACUUUGAAGGCGGAUUCUAAACUCUAAUGUGCAUUGCAGUGUUCGAUUGAAAUUGAUGUCGUUGCGCUGCUUCCCAUUCCCAACUACAACACUUCCCAUCACUUUCUCUCUCUUCAAACGCCUCACUCCAUUUUCCUUCUCUUCUGCGAAACCAUCUUUCCUUACUCUCUCUAUCUCUUCCAUGUCAUACCGUCCCAACUAUCAAGGCGGCCGUCGUGGCGGCGGCGGAGGACGUAAUCGUGGCGGAGGAAGAGCGGGGCGUGGUGAUAGAGGUGGAGGUGGAGGCGGUGAGCAGCGCUGGUGGGACCCUGUUUGGCGAGCACAGCGCCUUGCUCAAAAAGCAGCUGAGUAUGAAGUGUUGGAUGAAAACGAGUGGUGGACCAAGUUGGAGGGGUUUCAGAAAGGAGGGGAGCAGGAAUUGGUUAUCAAGCGUCUUUUUAGGCGGGAAGAUCAAGAUGUUUUAGCAGAUAUGGCCAAACAGUUGGGGCUUUACUUCCAUGCAUAUAACAAAGGAAAGGCACUUGUUGCGAGUAAAGUUCCCUUACCAAAUUACCGGGCAGAUCUAGAUGAUCGUCAUGGAUCUUCACAGAAGGAGAUACUAAUGCCUACCGACAUCGAGAGACGGGUUAGUUCAUUGUUGGGUUCCUCUAAGGGUGAAAUUUCUACUGAGAAGUCUACUAGUGCUUCUCAGAGUUCAAGAAAUUCUUCAUCAGCAUCAAGCCUUGUGAAACCAAUCCUUUCAGAGAAUAAUGUUUCCAAGGAUAAAAUUAGUGCUGAUCUUAAACAGCAGGAGGAGAAGUUGAAGACUAGUGCAAGUGUACAAGCCAUGUGUGCGUUUAGAGAAAAGCUUCCUGCAUACAAUGUGAGAUCAGAAUUUCUAAAGGCUGUUGCUAAGAAUCAGGUCCUUCUUGUUUCAGGGGAGACUGGCUGUGGUAAAACAACCCAGCUCCCUCAGUUCAUUUUAGAAGAGGAGAUUUCAAGUCUCCGUGGUGCUGAUUGUAGCAUAGUAUGUACCCAACCACGUCGUAUAUCAGCUAUAUCUGUUGCAGCUCGAAUAUCAUCCGAAAGAGGAGCGAAUCUCGGGGAAACUGUUGGCUAUCAGAUUCGACUGGAGGCAAAACGUUCUACACAGACACGGCUACUAUUCUGCACAACAGGAGUUUUACUUAGACAAUUGGUUCAAGAUCCAAAUUUAACUGGUGUGAGCCAUCUCUUAGUGGAUGAAAUCCACGAGAGAGGAAUGUAUGAGGACUUUCUUCUAAUAAUAUUGAAGGAUCUUCUUCCUCGUCGUCCAGAUCUUAGACUUGUUCUUAUGAGUGCGACUAUAAAUGCUGAGUUGUUUUCCAAAUAUUUUGGAAAUGCGCCCAUCAUUCAUAUUCCGGGACUGACUUUUCCGGUCACGGAGCUCUUUCUAGAGGAUGUAUUGGAGAAAACAAGAUACACUAUCAAGCCAGAGUCUGAUAGUUUCCAGGGUAGUUCAAGACGUCGAGCUAGACAAGUGGAUUCUAAGAAAGAUCCUUUGACCGACUUAUUCGAGGAUGUUGAUGUCGAUUCACAAUACAAGAAAUACAGUGUUAAUACAAGAAAAUCUCUUGAAGCAUGGUGUGGCUCACAACUUGAUUUGAAUCUUGUUGAAUCAACAAUCGAGUAUAUAUGUCGGCAUGAGGGUGAAGGGGCAAUACUUAUAUUUCUCACCGGCUGGGAUGAAAUUUCUAAGCUUCUCGAUAACAUCAAGGCAAACAAUUAUCUUGGAGACGCAAAAAAGUUUCUUGUUCUUCCCUUGCAUGGUUCCAUGCCGACUGUCAAUCAACGUGAAAUAUUUGACAGGCCACCUGCAAAUACAAGAAAAAUUGUUCUAGCUACAAACAUUGCGGAGAGUAGUAUCACUAUUGAUGAUGUAGUUUAUGUAGUUGAUUGUGGAAAGGCAAAGGAGACCAGCUAUGAUGCUUUGAACAAGCUAGCUUGUCUAUUGCCAUCAUGGAUUUCAAAAGCCUCAGCCCAUCAGAGACGAGGUCGUGCUGGUCGAGUGCAACCUGGAGUUUGUUAUAGACUAUAUCCAAAACUGAUUUAUGAGGCAAUGCCUCAAUAUCAGUUACCAGAAAUUCUCCGGACACCCUUGCAAGAAUUAUGUCUAAACAUAAAAAGUUUGCAACUUGGAGCAGUUGGGUCAUUCUUAUCGAAAGCACUGCAGCCACCUGAUCCUCUCUCUGUUCAAAAUGCUGUUGAACUUUUGAAGACCAUUGGUGCAUUAGAUGACAAUGAAGAACUUACUCCUCUUGGUCGUCAUCUUUGCACUUUACCUUUGGAACCCAAUAUUGGGAAAAUGCUUCUCAUGGGGUCGAUCUUCCAAUGCCUAAAUCCAGCAUUGACAAUUGCUGCUGCACUUGCUUAUCGUAAUCCGUUUGUUUUGCCAAUCAACCGGAAGGAGGAAGCUGAUGAUGCAAAGAGGUCAUUCGCCGGUGAUUCUUGCAGUGACCAUAUAGCACUUCUAAAAGCAUUUGAGGGGUGGAAAGAAGCAAAAAGUAGUCGGACAGAGAGAUCAUAUUGUUGGGAGAACUUCUUGUCGCCUGUAACUUUGCAAAUGAUGGAUGAUAUGCGGAAACAAUUUGUGGAUUUACUCUCAGACAUAGGUUUUGUUGACAAGGCAAAAGGACCUAAUGCUUAUAACCAGUACAGCCAUGAUAUGGAGAUGGUCUGUGCCAUGCUUUGUGCUGGGCUUUACCCUAAUGUCGUUCAAUGUAAAAGAAGAGGAAAGCGGAUGGUAUUUUACACCAAAGAAGUUGGGCAAGUGGACAUUCAUCCUGCUUCUGUAAAUGCUGGGGUUCAUCUGUUCCCUCUGCCAUAUCUGGUUUAUAGUGAGAAGGUGAAGACAACUAGCAUAUUCGUUCGUGAUUCGACCAAUAUAUCCGAUUAUGCUCUUCUUCUGUUUGGUGGUAGUCUUAUUCCUAGUAAAUCUGGAGAAGGCAUUGAGAUGCUUGGAGGUUACCUUCAUUUCUCUGCGUCAAAAAGUGUGUUGGAAUUAAUAAAGAACUUGCGAACGGAACUCGAUAAACUUUUAAGCAGGAAGAUUAAAGAACCAAGCCUAGAUAUUACUGCCGAGGGCAAGGGUGUGGUUGCUGCUGUAGUCGAGUUGCUGCACAGUCAAAACUUAAGAUACUGAAUAUAUGAUAGGUUAUAUCUACAGAUUGAUCCUUUUAACCCAUUCAUGACCAAAUAGAAUUGAAAAGGUUCAUUAUUAUACACUUUUUUCUAAAUUUUUUUUAGCUACGUAAUUUUACUGGGCCCGAGGCAGAUGUUUGAUAAACAACUUAUGCUUUAAUAGCACGAAUUGUCAGAUUUUUAUGACAUAAUUAGCUGUUAUAUACAGUUUUUUGAUGUGAAUAAUACGCAGAUAUUUUAAGUGAGACUUGUAUGCUAGACACAAACUUUUGUUCC